GGUCUGACCCGCCUACCCCAGUUUAUCUGACAACUCUUUCCUUUGGGACCCGGGGUUUGGUUAGUAGUUUAGGUUCUAAGAGGGUUGAGUGAUUUGGGGACACUCGUGCCGCAAGAAACAGGGGACCUGAGCAGCAGGCACCGUUUUCCCCUCACUGAGUGGAGACGUUUGUGCAGGCUGGGGCAGGAGAGGCUUGGAGGCCCCCAGCAAGAUCCAGCCCAGGGGCCUGACCUUCCUGCGCCUUCACAGAGUGGAACAUGGCAGUGUUCCUGCCGCUGCUGCUGGGCCUCAGUCUGGGCUGUGUGGGAGUAGGUGGCUUUGUGGCUCAUGUGGAAAGCACCUGCCUGUUGGACGACAGUGGGACGGCAAAGGACUUCACAUACUGUGUUGCCUUCAACAAAGAUCUGCUGGCCUGCUGGGACCCGGAGGAAGGAAAAAUAGUUCCCUGUGAAUUUGGGGUGCUGUACAACUUGGCUGUAUUCAUUUCAGAUAACCUCAAUGAAAAUAAGGCCCUGCUCGAGCGCUUGGGCAACGGGCUUCGGGACUGUGCCACACACACCCAGCCCUUCUGGGAUGCGCUGACCCAGAGAACAAGACCGCCGUCGGUUCAAGUAGCCCAGACUGCUCCUAUUAACACGAGGGAGCCUGUGAUGCUGGCCUGCUACGUUUGGGGCUUCUACCCGGCGGAUGUGAACAUCUCCUGGAUGAAAAACGGGAAUUUUGUCAUGCCCCACAGCAUCAAGGAGAGCUCUGCCCAGACCAAUGGGGACUGGACGUACCAGACUGUCUCCUACCUAGCCUUAACCCCCUCCUACGGGGACAUCUACACCUGUGUGGUACAGCACAGUGGGACCCCGGAGCCCGUCCGUCAGGACUGGACAGUCGGGCUGUCUCCCAUCCAGACGGUGAAGGUGUCGGUGUCUGCAGUCACCCUUGGCCUGGGCGUCAUCAUCUUCUGUCUUGGCUUUUUCAGUUGGCGGAAGUCUCGCCUCUCCAGCUACAUUCCUCUCCCUGGAUCUACUUACCCGGAAGGACGGCACUAGAGAGACAGAAUCCACACUGAGGAGAUCAUCGAGGAUGCCUCCGUGGCCGCUAGCAUCUUCAGGACACUCUCGUCUGUUCCUCCGCUCAGUUCCCCUUCCCCGUGUAAAUAUUAGCAGCUUGGGGGUGCUCAUAACGAAGUCAUUGUCCCCGGCUGUUUUCCGAGGUCGGUGGAUCUGAGGAAGAGUUUGAGGCCCUCCAGAAGAAGGAACCUGAGGGCCUCUGGAAGAGGGGACCCAAGACCCUCUGGGAGAGGGGGUUCAAGGGCAGUAUGUUGUAAGCGACCACGCGUAAAAAAUAAACCAGUGGGAUUUA